AUGAACCGGCCCUCGGACGAGCCUCCUCCACACGAUGCUGAUUUCUGGGUUCCCGGAACCAUCGCCCUCAAGGACUUACACCGUCCCGAGGAGGAGGUAAUCCUGCACCCAGUUCCCACCACAAACCCCAAUGAUCCUCUCAACUGGGCCGCAUGGCGCAAACACCUCAACUUCAGCCUCGUCUCGUUCUACGUGCUCCUGACCUUUGUCCAGCUGGACAUUGGCUUCACCGCGUGGGGGCAGUACCAGGACGAGCUCAACUUCUCCAUUGACCUGCUCAACGCCGGCACCGCCAUCAACUACGGCGGCCUCGCCAUCGGGUGCAUCUUCUUCGUGCCCCUCGUGCACAGGUACGGCCGCCGACCGCUAUACCUGCUCAGCACGCUCCUCCAGCUCGUGUCCUGCGUGUGGUUUGCCGUGACGCACACCAGGGCCGACUUUAUCGGCAGCAACCUAUUAUCCGGCCUCGGGGGCGCCAUCAGCGAGACCAUUGUGCAGAUCACCAUUGCCGACUUGUUCUUUCUACACCACCACGCGCUCAUGAACGGGUGGUACCUCUUCUUCACCUUCACCGGCGCGUACCUGGGCCCAGUGGCCUCUGGGUAUAUUGUUGAAAGCCAGGGGUGGCGGUGGAUGUGGUGGUGGUGUGUCAUCCUAUUCGGCGUCAACCUCGUCCUCAUUGUCUUUUUAUUCGAGGAAUCCAAGUUUAUCAGCGGCGUGGAACAGACUCCGGCUCCGACUCCGUCCGCCGGGGACGACAAGCACUCCGUCGCGCAAGUCGAGCGUAGCAGGUCUGCCGUUCGGGUCGACCGCUCGAUCCCCUUGGCCGGGUAUAGGCAGCGCAUGGCCUGGGUCACAAGCAGCAGGACGGACAUGCUGCACGACUUCUGCCAGCCCGUCGUGCUGCUGUUUACCUUUCCGGCAAUCGCGUACACGGCCCUCACGUACGGCAGCCUGCUGGCGUGGUUUGCGAUUUUGACCUCUGUCCAGGCGACGUACUUGUUUAGUGCGCCGUACAACUUUACCGCCGCGGGUGUAGGCCUGAUGAAUGUCGCGCCGUUUAUUGGUACCUUUCCGGGUAUUUUCCUCGGCGGGUGGAUGAACGACAAGUCUAUCGUGUGGCUGGCGCGGCGCAACGGCGGCAUUUACGAGCCCGAGAUGCGUCUCUGGCUUGCUCUGCCCAUGGCGGUCAUAACGCCCGCCGGCAUCCUCAUGUGCGGCGUUGGUUUGGCAUAUGGCUCGCCUUGGCCACUGGUUGCUGUCGGAUACGGCAUCUUUGGAUUCGGUCUCGUUGUCGCGGGCGACAUUGCCCUUUCCUACGCCAUGGACUGCUAUCACGAUGUUCGUCCCGUCUGUUUCCGCAAUGACCGCAGUGGCUAA